CCAGAGAAUAAAUCAUUUUCCAGGCAUGGGAGAAAUAUGUCGAAAGGAUGCCUUAGCUCGACACAUGACCAGGUAAUAUUGUGACUUUGGAAAUUGUUUGUUAACCCAUUAAGCUGCAGAGCUUCCCCAUUGAUGAGUAAAAUCGUCUGGCAUUAGACAAGUAAAAGAAAAUAUGUAGGGCGCACUCAGGCAUAUUACGGCUCAAUGGUUUUAGAGAGAUGUCUGUUUUAGAGAGAUGUCUGUAUUAGACAAAUGUCUGUUUUAGAGAGAUGUCUGUUUUAGAGAGAUGUCUGUAUUAGAGAGAUUGUCCAUAUUAGGGAGAUGUCUGUAUUAGAGAGAUGUCUAUAUUAAAGAUGUCUGUGUUAGAGAGAUUUCCGUAUUAGAGAGAUGUCUAUUUUAGAGAGAUUUCCGUAUUAGCGAGAUGUCUGUUUUAGAGAGAUGUCUGUUUUAGAGAGAUGUCUGUUUUAGAGAGAUGUCUGUUUUAGAGAGAUGUCUGUUUUAGAGAGAUGUCUGUUUUAGAGAGAUGUCUGUUUUAGAGAGAUGUCUGUUUUAGAGAGAUGUCUGUUUUAGAGAGAUGUCUGUUUUAGAGAGAUGUCUGUUUUAGAGAGAUGUCUGUUUUAGAGAGAUGUCUUUUUUAGAGAGAUGUCUGUUUUAGCGAGAUGUCUGUUUUAGAGAGAUGUCUGUUUUAGAGAGAUGUCUGUUUUAGAGAGAUGUCUGUUUUAGAGAGAUGUCUGUUUUAGAGAGAUGUCUGUUUUAGAGAGAUAUAUGUACGUAUUAGAGAGAUACAGUACGUAAGCAGAUGUGUCACUGUAUACUUAUAUGCUGAUCCUGAUCUACGUACCUAUACAAAAUAUACAAUACAUUGCAAUGAUAUUUAUUUAGAAUGGAGAAAGCAUUUCCUGAAGAUUAUAAUUUCGUUCCUGGCACGUGGAUUUUACCCGCUGAGUAUCCUUUUGUUACACAUUCAUUUUCUCGAUUUUCAUUUCAAAUUUAUGUAUCUCCACAGGAACAAGUAUGAGCCUGUAUAGCCAAUCAACGACCACAUUAGAGAAGAUUGACACUCUUAAAAUGAAUUAACAUUAGAUACGAUAUCAAGUCACGGGACAAAUAACUACAUUAUUAUUACGUUUAUUAUUCAAUGCUAAGAUUGCUCGCUUUCGUCGGUAGAGAUGGAAUCGGUAGCUGUUCGAGAUGCAUCAGCAUGAAUAAUCAAGCACCAUCGUAGGGAUUGCUGUAAUCCCCACCCAACCACUCGUACCUCCUUCAUCCCCAAUAAUAACUCUUCUUAUGUUGCCUUGGAUAUUUACGCUAUCAAGACCUAAGAUGAAGGCGAGUUAUGGAAUACAAGCUGCUGUACAAAAAUCAAUUUGAUGAUAAAGCGGGAGAAACCUGGUUGUGAUGCUUGAAGCAACUGUGUGCACAGGUUGGCGACUAAUUAGAUAUUCGUCUCGUACACGCCCAUUAUUUGCAUACCAUUUAUAGAACGAAAGCGAAUCUUAACUAACUUUAACUACUCAUCAACAGCUUGUCAAACAAUUUCUAUAUAUAUUAAUUUCUUUCACUCGUGGGGAAUCAAGUAAAAAAAUAUGUUCAUGCUAUGAGCUUUGCUGUGUUUUUUUGCCAGAUUUUAUGGAGAUUUCGCUAAUAAAAAAUUCUGACGUUGAAGAAGCUUCAAAGAGAUUUUGCGUUUUCUGUGUACAGAUGAUUGCAAAAUAAUGUUACGCAAAUUAUGCAUCUCAUAUCAUCUUUGGCUGUUUGGCAGCCAAAAUGUUGCAAGGUUUGAGGCAGCCAUUAAGCCUGAUAACGUUGUUUUAUUCAGAAGCAAAGUGCUGGGAUAUUGUUUUGACGAACACUCUGGAAUGCAUUUGAUAUGCUCAAGAGAUCAUAUACUCUGUAUGCUUUGAUAAAGAGAAGAACUGUCUUGCAUAUCCGCUGUCAACCCAUUUAAUAUUCUUAGUUAAAGAAAUAGUUUGACGGCGAUUAUGGUAAGACUUGGGUGUAAACAUUGAAGAUGACAAAAUGUCAAGAAGACCUGUGUAGUGAGGCGCCAACAGACCCCAACAUGUUCCCGCUCUUCAAUUCCACAAGCCAUUAAAGCAGAAAGCCGCAAGCAACGCAGGCUAAGAAAACACGUCCUUUGGAGAUUAUGUGUAUUAUCACCUUGUUUCAUAAUUAUCUUUCAUUCCAGAAUACUCGCUGGCGCAGAGAUUUUCUCUUUUUUCCCCAAAUUAAAUGUAUUUGAUGUGGUUGACUUGAAAUGAUAGAAACAAGGAAAAACUUGUUGGUUUCAUAUAAUUCGCCCUUGGUCGUCACAGCCCGAGGCCAAGUGUCUGGUCAGGUGCAGCCGAUGCAGGACCAGGGCACACCAGGGCGCAGUAAAGCGCAGGACAGAUCUCUCCAGUACUUCUAUAGGAAUUACGAUGGAACAAAAGGUCAACAAAGCUAUUUCCUUUCACGGAGUUUGCUUGUUUGAUGGGCCAUGCAAGUUGUAACAAGUACCAACACGCAAACAAUGGCGGUGUCUAAAGUUAUGAUGUCAUCAUCCCCGUUGUUAUCUUGUUGUGAUAUCAUGUUCCUUACACCGAUGUUUCUAAUGCUAGAUAAACAAAUUAUAAUAGUUACGAAUGGACAUGAGAGCUAGGGUUUAGGUCGGCGAACGGUAGCCUGUUUACAGCCUGUAUUAUGCUGUAUUAUGAUAUAUAUAUAGGCUUACACUUUCGUAGAGUCCUUUUCGAAGACGUCACUUUUAUUCAUCUUUACUCGCCCAUUAAAGCUAGGCCUAGGGAAACAUUCUGAGACGGACUUGUGGCUAGUCUAUACUAGGCUAGGCGUACGACGAAAUUCGGUAUUCUUUUAAGUCAAGCCAAUGCCUAAAUUCGCUAGAGUUUUCAAUUGUCAAAUGAGAACUACGAAAAUUCCACAUAUAUUAUUAAUAAAGUUGCGUAUGCACUCCUUUAUAAUUUUAUAAUAUAUAUAUAUAUAUAUAUAUAUAUAUAUAUAUAUAUAUAUAUAUAUAUAUAUAUAUAUAUAUAUAUAUAUAUACUACACAAUAAACAUAUAAAUAAGAAAGAUUUUGUUGAAAAAGCCUUCCCCAAUACCAAAAAUGGCAUUCCGGAGCAUCGAAAUUUCGAGUGUUCCUGAGAGAUCAUGCCCCAGGACCCCCUGGGUUUGCGUUUACCAUAGCCGUUUUCAUAAUUAGCUAGAGCUUCACAGAAAACCCUGGAUCAGAAUGUAACGCAAGGAUAUCCACCAGUCAACAUAUAAUGACAUGGUUGAAACAGACGCAACUUAAUAUGGUUUAAGUUUAAAAUAUAUUUCAAAAACUCAUUAAUAAUUCAUGAGAAAACACAAAGAAAAAUCAUGAACGUGUCGUAUCUUUAUAUGUGAUAGACUUUUCUCUUGAUUUAUGUAAACUUUAACUUAGUCUUUGAUUUUCUCGACUUACACAACGUGUUUUUUGAAAAUUACUUCGCCAGUGAACUUACUAUAUACUCUAUAGAUCGGUCGUUUUUGUAGCAAUUUAAAACAUCUGCAGUGCGUGUUUUAUCAGACCUGAAGAUAUUCGGCUACGUCUCGUAUCUUUAUAUCUGAUAAACACUGCUGCUCAUGUUUUAUAUCGUACAUAUUAAAGAAUUGAAGGUCAAUUUUACAUAAUCUUCAUGGAUUGAUAUGAAUGACUAUAUCCGUCAUUCACAAAUGAAUAAUUUCCUUGCGAUCACGACCUUCAUGCCUGAUCACAGGCUAUUUAACAGUUAUUCUACGAACUCGAGUCGAAUAUGAGCUGAUAGCCGAUGAGGCGUGUAGCGCCGAAUCGGCUAUCGCUGUUUGCCGACGAUACGACGUUAACUGUAUCUGGUAAAUCUCUUCAUGAUGUAGAAGUUGCCAUCAAUCACGAUCUUUCAAACGUUAAUCAGUGGCUCUGUGCAAAUAAACUAUCUUUAAAUCUCGUUAAAACUGAGUACAUACUAAUUGGAUCACGGCAUAAUAAUAAUAUAUUGGCUACCCCAAAGGUAUUUGUUGGUGACAUACCAAUUAAAAGGGUAAGAGAAACAAAGGUACUUGGAGUCUAUAUUGAUGAAUUUCUAUCAUGGGAAAAGCAUAUUGAUAAAAUUGCCAAAAAAGUCUCAUCCGGAAUUGGGGCAAUCAGGAAGUUAAAAUCAUGUGUAGACAGUAAUACAUUAAUUUGUGCCUAUAAUGCACUUGUUUUGCCUCACCUAGUGAUUAUUGUUGCGAAGUUUGGGACACCAUUGGUACCACACUUUCUGAUCGUCUCCAGAAAUUACAAAAUAGGGCUGCUAGAGCUAUCGUGGGUCGUAAAAAUGAACAUGGUCAAUCUGAACUUGCUCUAAAUGAAUUAAACUGGAAACCUCUGAGCGAACGCAGAACUCAGUUUGUGGCAAGUCUUAUGUAUAAAAUUACUCAUGAUCUAGCGCCCUUACGACUUACUGAUAUUUUUCAAAAGACGUCUUCCUCCCAACAUUAUAAUUUGCGGGGCUCUUCCACUAAACUCCAUUUGCCCAAGCCUAAGACUGAAUAUCUUAAAAAAAGUCUUAGCUAUAGAGGGGCUAAACUGUGGAAUAGUCUCCCAAAUGAAUUAAGAGGAAAAGAAUCACUAGCUAUAUUCAAUAAAAACGUAUGACACCUGGCUACUAAUUAGAGUUUUCAAACCCAUAUUUACCUUGACUAUUUAAUCUAUUAAUAUUUACUAUUAUGUAUGUACUGUAUGUACUAUUAUCUAUUUAAUUAUGUAUGUAAUUGUAAUAACUGCAUGCAAGUAACUGUAUUUGUAUGUUUAACUUUUCUAAAUUUUUAAUGUAAAUUUGAAUUUAAUGCUACGCCCCCCUUGGAAAUCAGCUUUUGCUGUAGGGGUUAGCGUAGUAAAAUAAAGUUUUACCUAUCUACCUACCUAUGCCCAAAGUCAAUCCUGAUAUUUACCCUUACACCGAAACUGCGUACCUAUUUUUCUUUACUUUGCACGUAGGGCCUACAGUAAAGACUGUUUUAUUAAUGAUGUCACAAAGACAAAACUGUGAGCACAUGUAUAUAUUUUUACUCAUCAUUUCCUUGACUAAAUCUGUAGGUACACGUUGUUUACAAAUUAUUGCAGGGAUUUGAAGAAAAAGAGGAAAACAAAAACAUUUAUAGUGAAACCUGCCAAUGGCGCCAUGGGAAAUGGGUAAGGAAAAGAACGCUUCACAUUUUUUUACAAAUCAACUAUCUGUAUUUUGCGACAUCUGAGGAAAUGCAGUUUGAAGAAAGUAUUUACAAUCUGCAACGCGAGUGUCUCGUUGUAAAUUAAAACACGUACGAGAGAGACAAAGUCAAUCAGGAAGUCUCAAAUAACACACGGGGAGUCUCAAGUAUGUGAAAGAGGAUUUCAAGUAUGAUUUCAUCUGGCUAUAGAUCGAAAUCCAAGGUUGGAAUGGGGGAAUGUUGGAGGGAGGGGGACAAAUGUAUAAGGAACAAGAUUUCUAAAGGUGCCCAAGCAUGUUCCCUUGGAAGGAGGGAAUUGGAUUCUAUAACAGCGUUUUGGACUUAGAGUUAUUUAAACGUAGGAUACUAUGUCUAACUAAUGCAUGAUACGAACCAGAAUAAGGCAGGUGAAUUGCUACAAAUCCUACUUUAGGGUGAAAACAUGCGAAUUUGUUAAAGUGUUUGGGGCUGUCUAAUAUGUAUAGUUCAAACAAUAUUAAUAUUGUUGAUGAUAAGUAUAUUGAAAUUUAUUUAUUAAUUUGUCCCAGGAUAUAUUUGGUGAAGAAUGCUGACCGUAUUCAUACAAAUGACCAUAUUGUUGUGCAGGAAUAUAUUGAUAAGGUAGUACUUAUCAUCUGGGUUAAUAUUAUGCAUUGUGGACGUGCGUGA